AUGAGUAAUGGCCCUACUCCUUAAAACAAAAUAGCUCGCAACUCUACAGGAUCUUUAACAGAACCUCCAUUGUUCUUAAGAAGAGCCUCUAAUAUUGGGUUGAGUAAAAAAUUAAGAUCCCAGUAAACAUAGAAACUUGCCAAAACAGUAAAAGAUACUUUUAAUAAAGAUCCUUCUGAGUAAUCUGACUUUAACAGUAUUAAUUCAUUUGAUAGUGGGACUGAUUCUAAUAGAACGAGAUAGAAAUCAGAGCGUAAGAAAAACAUUAAAGUCACCUAAUUUGCCUCUAGCUUAAAUUAAGCAGAGUAGGUUGACAAUGCACUGAUGGAAGCUGUUUUAACAAACAAUGUCAAAAGAGUCUAAGAUUAUAUAAGCGGAUUCCCAAGCUAGUAUGAGAAGUAGAAAAAACUUAAUCAAAGGGAUAAAUUCAAGCGAACUCCACUUUUCUAUGCACUCUAUCAUAAUAACUAUGAAUUGGUGAACUUCCUUUUGAAUGAAGGGGCUGACACAUUAUUUUCUGAUUCAACAGGAAGGACUCUUCUUCAUUAUGCAUGUAUGUUAGGAGUAUAGAAGCCAAUUUUACAUUUACUCAUAGACUUUAACAAUAAAUACGAUUUGACACAAGGACAUAUAGAAGAAGCCCAAGAAGAAUAUUUGAGAAGACAACUAAGUAAAUUUGACAUACCGCCAAAAAAGCCAAGACAAAAGACUUCAAUUAUUCCUUAAGUAGGAGCAGGAAUGGCAAUGUAGCUGAAUAUGGAAGCAAUAAAAAUGGGUCAUAAGUAAAUCGUGCCUAUCGUGAAUAAUUAGCCAAUGACGUCUCUACUUCCUAAGAAAGGCAAAUAACUUGAUCCUUUGGUAUUAGAUGUUGAGAGAUCAAGGAAAUCGAUAACUAAGGAUGACUCUUAUGAUCCUUAAAAAAUCUUCAUGAAGAAUAUAGUAGAAGAAUCAGCAAGUGGUGAUUCUCAUGAAAAUAGCUAGUAUAGUUCAAGGCUUUAGUAGGUUGCCUUGGGAAUGCCAAAGCAAAGUAGUAUCUUUUAAAAUAGAAAGUAGAGCAAGAUUGGAGCCUUUGGUUUAGGUAAAGUUCAACUUAUAAAUUCAUUAAUGAGAUACAAUGCUAUACCACUUAUUAGAGAUCAUAAAGGAAGAAAACCAAUCGAUAUGAUUGAUGACCAAGAUAUCAAGGAAUAAAUGCUUAAAUUUGAAACUAUGUAUGAAGAAAAGUACUCAGGAAAUCCAGGAAAUCUCAGAAAAAGUUUAGUUUUAGAUGACUAUGAUAAGCAUAGAUCCUAAAAUAAUCAUUAAACAGAGUCGAAUCUGAUGUCUAAAGCUGAAGAAAUCGAGGAAUAAAUAGAAGAAGAUGAAGUAAACACGACAAAUAAUGAUUAAAAAGAUGAAAGUUAGAAUAAAUAAAAAUUCAACCAAAGAAUGGGUAGAAGGUUGCAAUUUACCAAGACUGAGCUGGCAUCAAUGAGUGAUUAGAUACUUUCCAGUUUUUGUAUUGGCAUCUAUAAGGAUAAUGCAUUGACAUUUAAAAUGAGGUUUGAUGAUAAGGAAAACUUUAAGUACUUAUUAUUAAGGAAAAUAUUGGUGACAAAUCAUGACUUGAACGGAAAUAAUUGUAUUCAUUAUGCUAUAUAGCUUGAAAAAACAGAAUUUUUGUCUUUUUUGAUGGAAGGAAAAUUUGAUAGCGAAAUUAUGAAAAUGUGUGAAAAAGGAACAUAAAGUAUAAACGACUAAUUUACUCAUUUGAUGGCUAAAGAAGUUUGUGAAACAAUAAGAACUGCUAAAUAUCCUUGGAUGCCUCAUGCUUUAAAAGCACUUGAAAAGAGCAACAUAAAAGAAGGAAAUACUUGUUUACAUAUGGCUAUAGAUAUAGGCAACAAGCAGAUAUUUAACUAUGUAAUGACUUUUCUUAAAAUCAGGGAUCAUAUGAGAGGUAUUGAUAAAAAUAGAUAUUGGAACUUAUUUCAGCUAUCGUAAUCAGUCAUCGAAUUCAAGAACAAACAAGAUAAUACUCCCUUAUUAUUUUCAGCUAAGAGAAACUAAUAUGACUUUUUUGAAAUUUUAGUUGAAAAUGGUUGCAAUCUUUACACUUAGUGCAAUAAAUUCAUGAAUGUCCUUCACUAUGCAGUCUUAAAUGAAAAUCUUUCAAUGAUACAGUAGAUAGUGUAUGCAGAUGCUGAAAGUGAUAAACUAAUGAAAGAAAAGAACUUCAGAGAUGAGACUCCAGUGAUGCUGGAUGAUAGAGGCAAAUAUGACAAUAUCUUUCAUCAUAUAUGGGAAGCAUGUUCAAUCAAUAACAGUUAAAUGAUGGAAAGGCUUGAAUGGCUAGUGAAAACCGAGAAGUAUUAUGUAAAUCAAAAGACUCUUGUCGGUUAAAAUACCCCAUUGCAUUUUGCAGUGAUCCAUGAAAAUUUAAAAGCUAUAGAAUUCCUUUGUAAGCACAAUGAGAUUCAGAUAAAUGAAAGAAAUAUCUUGGGUCAGACUCCCUAAGAUUUAGCACUUUUAAUCCCAAAAAAGAAAAUAUCUCUAAAGAUAAUAGAAUAUUUGAACAAAAAGGCUUUAUAAAUUAGCAAGAAUAAGAAUGGGAAAUAAAAUUUAUAACCUACACCCCCGACACUCUUGAAAAAUUUAUCGUGCCUUCCAAAUCUAAAUAACAAUUCAGAUAGUAGUUUUGUGUCAAAAGGAAAUAAAAACAGCGGAAAUUUAUAAAGUGGUAAAUCAAAUCAUGGUAGUUUACUAGGAAUAGUUUCUUAUGGAAAUCACUAAUUAAAGGAUACAUCCCCAAGUGGAAGGAAGAAAUUUCCCGCAAACAUGAAAAGUACUGAUAAAAAUCUCCCAGUAAAGCAUUUCUAGUCUAUUAUUUAUGAAAAUCAUAAGACUAGAAUUGUAGGAAGACUCUCACUAUAACCUAAUAUUAUUGAUACCACCUCAUAACUUUAGGCUAAAAUUAGAACUUCUUCCCCAAUUUCUAAUUCUUCUGAUGAAUCAGAUAAAGAAGAUAGUGGUCUUAAUUUAGCAAAUAAUAUGUAGGCCCAUAGUAGUCACAUGCUUUUGGAUGAUAUCGUUAAAAGAAAUAACUCCAGUUGGGAGCCUUAAAAUCUUGAGAAAUUUAUAUAGAUUUAUGAUGCUUACAUUGAAAAUGAAGAGACUAUUGGAGUAUUUGGCGCAGAAGUGUUUUAACGUUGGAAAAGCUCUUUGAUUAAGCAAGAUGAUAGUAAGAAGUAAGAGUCAAGGGAGUGGUUCAAGCAAAUAGAUUUAAAGAAAAAGGGAAUGAUUACUAUUAAUCAGAUUAUUGAUUCUAAUGACGUGCUAGAUGACAUGUUUAUAACAUAGCUUGAAAAGGCAAAAUUCAUAGAUUACCUCCAAAGAUAGUACAGUGAAACCAAGAUUUCAGAAGAGGUUUUUAUUAAAAUAUUGAUGAAUAAUCAAUACAAAUAAUGA